AUGAGCCAAGGCCAUGUUAUUAUCGUCGGAGCCGGCGUUAUCGGUCUCAGCAUCGCAGUCAAACUAUCCAAAUACAUGAGAAUCACCGUCAUCGCGAGAGAGUUACCCGGAGACUCUGGAAUUGACUACGCCUCGCCAUGGGCAGGGGCACACUUUCGUCCCAUCCCCGCAAAGACAGAGGAAGAACGAAAGGAACAGGCCUGGAUGCGACACACCUACCAAGAGUUUGAAAAGAUCGCGAGAGACCACCCAGAAGCAGGGGUGGAGUUUAUUCCCGCAGUCGAAUAUUUUGAUACUGCCGACGCAACCUCCUUACUGGCAGAAGAAAAAGGCUACACCACAUGGCCGGAGUUCCGUAUUCUCGACCCUGCGGAAUACCCCUCCCAGCAUCCAUCUAUAAGGCUAGGUGUCACAUACCGCAGCUGGGUUCUAAACUCGCCGGUCUACUUGAAGUGGUUACAGACACGGGCAGAGGCUCAAGGGACUCGCUUCAUCCGAGCCCCUUUGACGGACCUGGAGCAGGCUGCGUCGGUCUACCUGGAGAAUAAAUCCAAGAAUGAAAGUGACCAUAUCUCGGCUGUUGUCGAUGCAAGUGGGAGGGGGUUCAAUGAUCCCAAAUCUUUCCCUUUGCGCGGUCAGUUCAUCAUAGUCUCGAAUCACUGUGAUAAAACUAUCAGUCAUCAUUGGAGUGAUGGUUCCUUCACCGUCAUCAUACCUCGGCCUCUCGGUGGUGGGACUGUUAUUGGCGGGACGAAGGAGCCUAAUAACUUGUCUGAGGAUAUCGACGAUGCUGCGACUGAGGACAUUCUGAAGAGGGUCAGAGCUCUAUGUCCUGAAAUGGUCGACGAGCAGGCGGAUGAAUUUGCUUCGACCAAUGGGUUUGAUAUAAAACAAGUCUACGUUGCUCGGCGCCCUAUGAGACGUGGCGGACUCCAUUUUGUCUUGGGGUCAUCAGUGGCCCAUGGUGACGACCGUAUUCCGUUGAUCUCUUGCUACGGUGCUGGACAAAAUGGGUACAAAAUUAGCUGGGCAUUGGCAGACGAUAUUGACAGGUUCUUUUCGUCUCCUAAAUAG